GUCAAAUCUGGAUCUUAGUCCAAUAAGAUGGCUAUUUCGUUUUUUUCUUCUUCAUAAAUUAUAUAUUUAGGAUGAGAAGUAAGAAAGCCAAGAUGAAUUCUACUUUCAUCAUAUGGCAUGAAAUGGGAAAUGCUCACAACAGCAAAAUUGCAGCAAUCUGUUUGAUAAUUUUCUUGGUAUAUAAAGCAUGGGAAGUGAUGAAAUGGAUAUGGAUAAAGCCAAAGAAACUGGAGAAUUGCCUGAGACAACAGGGACUCAAGGGAAAUUCCUACAGGCUAUUCUAUGGAGAUAUGAAAGAAUUGUCCAAAAGUCUCAAGGAAAUCAAUUCAAAGCCCAUCAGUAAUAUAUCAAAUGAAGUAGCCCCAAGAAUUAUUCCUUAUUAUCUUGAAAUCAUCCAAAAAUAUGGUAAAAGAUGUUUUGUUUGGCAAGGACCAACGGCGGCAAUAUUAAUAACAGACGCAGAAUUAAUAAAGGAAAUAUUUGCUAAGAAUUAUGUUUAUCAGAAGCCUAAUAAUCCCAACCCAUUGACAAAGCUAUUGGCUCGAGGUGUUGUAAGCUACGAGGAAGAAAAAUGGGCAAAACACAGAAAGAUCUUAAAUCCUGCCUUUCAUAUGGAGAAGUUGAAGCAUAUGCUACCAGCAUUUUACUUGAGCUGUAGUGAGAUGCUGAACAAAUGGGAGGAGAUUAUCCCAGCAAAAGAAUCAAAUGAGUUGGAUAUUUGGCCUCAUCUUCAAAGAAUGACCAGUGAUGUGAUUUCUCGAACUGCCUUUGGUAGUAGCUAUGAAGAAGGAAGAAGAAUAUUUGAACUUCAAGAAGAACAAGCUGAGUAUCUAAUGAAGACAUUCAAUUCAGUUUAUAUCCCAGGUUCGAGAUUUUUUCCCAGUAAAAUGAAGAAAAGAAUGAAAGAAUGUGAAAAGGAAGUACGAGAAACAAUUACGCGUCUAAUUGACAACAGAUUAAAGGCAAAAGAAGAAGGCAAUGGCAAGGCCCUCAAUGAUGACCUAUUGGGUAUACUAUUAGAGUCAAAUUCUAUAGAAAUUGAAGAACAUGGUAACAAAAAGUUUGGAAUGAGUAUACCAGAAGUAAUUGAAGAGUGCAAAUUAUUCUAUUUUGCUGGGCAAGAGACUACAUCAGUGUUGCUUGUUUGGACAAUGAUUUUGUUAGGGAGAAAUCCAGAAUGGCAGGAACGUGCUAGGGAGGAAGUUUUCCAAGCCUUUGGAAGUGAUAAACCUACUUUUGACGAAUUAUAUCGCUUGAAAAUUGUGACGAUGAUUUUGUACGAGUCUUUAAGGUUAUAUCCACCAAUAGCAACUCGUACUCGAAGGACUAAUGAAGAAACAAAAUUAGGGGAACUAGAUUUACCAAAGGGUGCACUGCUCUUUAUACCAACAAUCUUAUUGCAUCAUGACAAGGAAAUUUGGGGUGAAGAUGCAGAGGAGUUCAAUCCGGAGAGAUUUAGCGAAGGGGUAGCAAAGGCAACAAAGGGACAAAUGACAUAUUUUCCAUUUGGUGCAGGACCACGAAAAUGCAUUGGACAGAACUUUGCGAUUUUGGAAGCAAAAAUGGCUAUAACUAUGAUUCUACAACGCUUCUCCUUCGAGCUCUCUCCAUCUUAUACACACUCUCCAUACACUAUGGUCACUUUGAAACCCAAAUAUGGUGCUCCCCUAAUAAUGCACAGGCUGUAGUUUGAUGACAAAUCAAGUCCUGUGAGAAUAUGCUAUUCGAGGAAUUAAGUUCCUCUACUAGUUUGACAGCAUAUUAAUUUGACCUGAUGUUUUUAUAUAUAGUCAUCAAUAUAACUUUCAGUGUUGCAGCAUACACCUAUGUAUUUCGAUAUGCUAGUUACAUGCUAUAUUGAUUAUUCCACUCUACUCUAGUUUAGGCACUUGUCCUACUUCUUAUCAUACGUAUAAUUUAGGGGACGUGCAUUUUCUUUU